UUCUGUACAGUACUUAUCCACAGCGACCUGACACAGACACAUCUCCACGGGCCACGUCUCCACGAGUGCUUCACUUUGGAUUUUUUCAGGAUUAUUUUAAAAUGUUUACAACAACAAAUUGAGUGAACUGACGCUCAAAACAUGAGACAACAUCUAUUUGAACUACGGGAGUGAAGAAAAUACUUUUAUUCAAGAGAAGAACCUUAACCUUUAGAACAAUAUAAAACUUUUUUACUGUAGGUUUAUGUGGAUUUUGUGAUUUUGGAAUUACAAAGUUUGUCGUAUUUCGGAAAAUCUUUACACGGUUUAGUCUUCAGUUACUAUCCCGUUUUCUCUGUAUAACUUUAUUUGGGGAUGUUGAGCUCCGUGAAGAUGGAAUCUCAUGAAAUUCCUGAAUGGAAUGCUUUCUACAGCGAGGCCAGUGAGAUGUAUUCCACUCAGAGCGCCAUGAACCAAAUGAGCAGCUUGAACAGCUACAUAAAUCUAAACUCGGCCUGUUCCACCUCCAGUAUGAAUAUGGGUUACCCCAGUGCAGCCCUCAACAGCAGCCCAUUGACAAGCAUGGGUGGAGGCCCCAACCACAUGAGCCUGUCCCCGGUCGGCUCCUCUUUGAACCCCGGUUCUCUGACCCAGCUUGGUUCUUCUGCCUCCUCUCUGGGUCCCAUCUCCCAUUACCAGAGCAUGGGUCAGCCUAUGUCCCAGAUCAGUUACCCCUCUCCCACCUCCCUAAACCGGACUAAGGAGGUGCCGAAGCCCUACCGUCGUUCUCUGACCCACGCCAAGCCACCUUACUCCUACAUAUCCCUCAUCACCAUGGCCAUUCAGCAGUCCAACAGUAAGAUGCUAACGCUGAACGAAAUCUACCAGUGGAUCAUGGAUCUGUUCCCAUACUACCGCGAGAACCAACAGCGCUGGCAGAACUCGAUCCGCCACUCUCUGUCCUUCAACGACUGCUUCGUCAAAGUGGCACGCUCGCCCGACAAGCCUGGCAAAGGCUCCUACUGGGCACUGCAUCCUAAUUCAGGCAACAUGUUUGAGAACGGCUGCUACUUGCGUCGCCAGAAGCGCUUCAAGAUCGAAGAGAAAGCGGGAAAAAAGAGCACGACGAAGUCUCAGGAAGGUGGCAGUGCCAAGGGUGGGCACGGAGGUGAGGGAAUGCAAGAGGAACACAGCCCCGCCAUGGGCUCAGAGGGUGCAGACUCUGCCCAUUCAGACAGCUCUCAUACUGGAUCAACAUCAGAGGAGCAACAGAGGAAUAUGGUACAGCUGGAUUGUCCAUCUCAGGCACCCGGGCUUUCGCACAGCUCCCCAGUGCCAAUUCCAUCCUCUGUUUCCUCAUCCAUGCCUCCCUCCAGCUCUCACCUGCACUCUCAGGUCAUGAGCGGCAGCCCCCACCUGCUAGGCAGCCCAAUGCAGCACCUGGAUCUGCAGAACGACCAGCUGAAGUCCAUGGACCCCCACUACAAUUUCAACCACCCGUUCUCUAUCACCAACCUCAUGUCCAAUGAGCAGAAGAUGGACCUCAAGUCGUACCAGGACCAGGUGAUGGCUUACAACAGCUACACGACAUCUUCUCCCGUGGCCGCCAAACAGAUAUAUGAGAGCGCAGGGCCAUCUGCCAUUGACUCUGGUGCUUACUACCAGACCCUCUACAGCAGGUCUGUCCUCAAUGCAUCAUAAUUUGUCUACCAAGCAACCGUAACCUUUAAAACUCUAUAGACUCUGAAGGGCUGUCUGUUUAGACGGCGUACAUUUUCACGAGCUUUUUCGCAAGAGGUGCAGAGAGAAAAGCAACGCACCCUUUCCAAGUUUUUCAGAAACUUAAUUUGCUUAGCUCUCAUAUAUUCAGGAUCUAAACUUUCAGUUUGGAUGUGACACAGAAGAUGUAUACAAAUGAUGUGACGUGUGUAUAUAUACUGUUUGCAAAUGUUUGGGGGAGCAGGAGUCAGGCAUUUAUUUAUGAAGGGAAGAAUUUAAUAUAUCUUAUGAUUUUGUGUUGUGAAGUUACAUAAAACAGUGUGAUUAUAAUAGGACAUAAGCAUGAUUGUGGCAUUUUUCAGGUUACUGCUGUGAGCAGGUGUUACUGUGUUACAGGAAAACUACCGUGUCUUGUGUUACAGCAAUACGCAUUUUCAGUUUAAGUGCACUACAUACAGUGCACACUGUUUUCCUAAGGAGAGUUGUAUACUUGUGCUUGUUCCUUAGAGAAGAUGAAGAAAUUCCUUUUUACAAUUUACAACAUAAAUGAAGUCUCUUUUUUUGUAUAUUCUUUGACAAUUUUUGUUAAGUAAAAAUAAGUUGGACCAAAACAGAUGAAACUGUGGUAAACCCAAUUAUUUUUUUUCCAGCAAUUUUGUAACUUUCAGUUUGCGUAAAUUAUUCUAGCAAGUUUGCAAAGCUCGUGUCUUUGCUGUUACUAAGAUCAGCAGAUAGUGUACUAAGGGCUAUUUCCAUACAAUACAUUGCACUAAUGAACCCUCAGUUCAACAUUGCUGGGGAGGGGUGAGAUCAUUUUGUAACAACAAUGCAUUGUAACUCAGACAAUUUGCAAACCCUAAUGAAAUUCCACGAUGUGUCAAUGUAAGGUAUUUUUAUAGACAUGUAUCUCCUUCAAAGUUAAAAACAGUUUAAAUAAAAAAAAGUCAAGCCAUAAUGUCAUAAAUACAUUUCUUGCAAACUGCUAUGAAUUUUGUAAGGAAGCAGGUCAGAAUUUAUGUUCUUGUACUGUUUGGUUUUUGAAGACUAUGUUUAUUUAAACCCAGCUUUUUGACGGCUGGGCUUAGAAGUUAAGUGUCUUAAUAUUAAUAUAUAUAUAUAUAUAUUGCUAUAUGUGGUUGAUUGUUUCAUGGUAUGUUCUUAAUGUUAUGUCCUUUUCUUAUUAAAAACAAAAAAUGCCCGAA